UUUGACUAUGUUGUCAUGGCUACUAUUUUGCUCAAUUGCGUCUUCCUCGCCAUGACUGAAACAGUUGAAGAAGCUGAGUAUAUUUUUCUGGGCAUAUAUACUUGUGAAAUGUUAAUCAAAUCAAUUGCAAAAGGUUUUAUUUUAAAUAAUUAUACGUACCUGAGAAAUCCAUGGAAUUGGUUGGAUUUUGUUGUUAUUACAUCUGGUUAUGCAACAAUAUGUAUGGAUGUUGGUAAUUUAUCUGGUUUACGUACAUUUCGUGUUUUACGUGCAUUAAAAACAGUAUCUAUAAUGCCAGGCUUGAAAACAAUUAUCAAUGCAUUGUUACAUUCAUUUAAACAACUCGCUGAAGUAAUGACAUUAACUAUUUUUUGUUUAAUGGUAUUUGCAUUAUUUGCCUUACAAGUGUACAUGGGUGAAUUACGUAAUAAAUGUGUAUUACAUAUGGAGAAUACGAAUGCAACAUAUAUCGAAUGGCAUAAUUGGACAAAAGACGAAGAUAAUUGGUUAUGGAAUGCAAAUGAAGAGCCAGUGAUAUGUGGAAAUUUAACUGGUGCACGACAUUGUCCCGCAAAUUAUACAUGUAUAUGUGUUGGUGAAAAUCCAAAUCAUGGCUACACAAGUUUUGAUAAUUUCCUAUGGGCAAUGCUCACAACAUUUCAAUUAAUCACAUUGGACUAUUGGGAGAAUGUUUAUAAUAUGAUUUUAUCAGCGUGUGGUCCAUUGAGUGUUCCUUUCUUUACGGUUGUUGUAUUUUUUGGUUCAUUUUAUCUUAUAAAUCUAAUGUUGGCUGUGGUAGCGUUAAGUUACGAAGAAGAAGCUGAAAUUACACAAGAGGAACGACGCAAAGAUUUAACAGAUCAUCGCGAAGAUUCCACAUUCAGUUUCGAUCCAUCAAAUUUAAAUGUAAAAAAAUUAGGUAAACAUAAAAAGAAGCGUGUUGACUCACGAAAGGGUGUUUUAUUAGCAAGUUAUUCAAGGAAAAAAACACGACGAAGAAAACGUGGUAGAAGUAAUGCAUCUGGUGUACCAGGUGGCGGUGGUGAACAUGAAAAAUCACCACCUUCAUCUGGAGGCGGUCAACAAUCAAAUAAUCAUAAUAAUUCAAAUACAAAUUCAAAACAACAUUCAGUAACACCAAGUCCUAGUCCAAGUCCACGCCAUAGUAAUUGUUCAUCACAAAGACCACAAGUUCUUCCAAUUGUUAAAACGGCACAAAUUGAAUCACCAUCUAAACAACAGAAAUUAGUUUUAUUUGAUCCACUAAUAAAUCCAUUUAUGUUACCACAACCACAGCCGCCAGAGAGACAGCCUCAAUUAGUGAGGCAGCAGGCUGAAAUCGAUCCGCGUAAUAUGUUAGCACCGAAUCGUGGACAGUUGCAUAGUCGACAAGCAAGUAGUAAUGCCAGUGAAGGUAACAAUCAAUCAUCAUUAGAUGAUUCGGGUGUUGUUGACGAUCAUGAGGAAACAGAUGCUGUAUCAGAAGAAGUGAAUCCUCCGCCAACAUCGACAGCAUUAGUAACACCAGUCACUGUAGCAUUAAGUCCAAAAGAGAUAAGAGUCAUUAAAUGCAAUGGAGUGGGUGCUUGUAAAAAGAAACGACAUCAUACAAAUAUGUAUACAAUACCACCAGAUUAUCUGUCUCAUAUUGUUGUAUUAGAUGAUUUGCCAGAUAGAAAUUGUGCCAGUUGUUCAUCAUGUUGUGUUGAUUAUACAGGAUGGUUACAAUUUCAAAAUAGUUUAUAUAAAGUUGUACGUGAUCCAUUAUUUGAGUUAGCGAUUACAUUGUGUAUUGUAUUAAAUACGAUUAUAUUAGCAUUAGAACAUCAUGGUAUGAGUGAACAAAUUCGUCAAGCACUUGAUAUUGGAAAUAAAGUUUUUACAUCAAUUUUCACAUUUGAGUGUAUAUUAAAAUUAAUGGCAUUGAGUAAAGAAUUUUUUGCAUGUGGUUGGAAUAUAUUCGAUUUAAUUAUAGUAUCAGCGAGUUUGUUAGAUUUAAUUUUUGAGUUAGUAGAUGGUUUAUCAGUUUUACGUGGUCUACGAUUGUUACGGGUAUUAAAGCUAGCACAAUCAUGGACAACAAUGAAAGUAUUGUUAAGUAUUAUUAUAUCAACAAUCGGUGCAUUAGGAAAUUUAACAUUUGUAUUAGUUAUUGUUAUUUAUAUAUUUGCUGUUAUUGGUAUGCAAUUGUUUUCAAAGGAUUAUACACCAGCUAAAUUUGAACCUGAUCCAGUGCCUAGAUGGAAUUUUAACGACUUUUUUCAUUCGUUCAUGAUGAUUUUUCGAAUAUUAUGUGGAGAAUGGAUAGAGCCGUUAUGGGAUUGUAUGCGAGCAGAACAAGAUAAAGGACCAGAAACAUGUUUUUUCAUAUUUUUGCCUGCUUUGGUGAUGGGAAAUUUUAUGGUUUUAAAUUUGUUCUUGGCCUUGUUGCUCAACAGUUUUAAUUCAGAAGAAUUGAAAGCAAAAAAGGACGAAGUUGGCGAAGAUUCGAAAUUAGCAAGAAGUUUUGAACGAAUACGUUCGAUUGUUCGUAAAAAACGUUUCGAUCGUGAAAAUUCGGAAAAUAAACGAAAUAUGCGUUUAGAACAAAUUGUACGCGAAGUAAUGGAACGACAAGGACGUGAUAAAAAUUUUGCUACAACAAUCCAAGAAACAGUUAUUGGUUAUCCAAGAGAAAAGAAAAUAUAUAGGCGUAGUUAUCAAGAAGCAAUACAGCGACCAAUUAGCGGUAGUGAUUUUCAUUAUGAUUUAACGACAAAUUAUUCAUUAAGUGAAGAUCCUCAAAUUAAACAGUUUUCCACAUUAAUUAACGGUAAUUCGGAGGAUGAAAAAAUGGCACCGCAUAGUUUAGAGCAAGAUGGAGAUUAUGGUGAAAAUAAUAAGUUACUUGUUCAUCAAUUAUCAUCGGGAGUAGGAACACAGCAUACAGACAUUGAUGUAAAUACAGAGAGUAUAGAAUUAAGAAAUUUUAAUCGUGGAACAUCUGCGGACACAGAUCCAGAGACAUCUUUAUCACCACCAAAUAAUCCAUUAGAUGAUGACAAAUUAUCUAAAUCACCAUCAAUAAAAAAACAUGACGAAGGUGAUAUGAAUCCCACAGAAAGUACUAAAGAUCCAGUGGCGGACGAAAAGGGUAAGGAAGAUGGUGGAGAUCCAACCAAAGCCCGCCCCUGGCAUACUUUAGUAUCUUAUGUGGAUGAACUAACUGUAGGAGGAAGACGAAAUUCCAAAGGCCAGUAUAUUGAUGGUAUUGGUACAUUCCCAUUUGCAUUUGGCAGACGAAAAUCACAAAAAGUGCCACAGGAUUGUUUUCCACGAAAAUGUAAUGAAAGAUGUUCAUGCUGGGAUAAGAUGCUCUUAUCCAAAUAUGGUUUAAAAUGGACAAAAAUCCGUUCCACUGUACUUUCUGUGGUGGAUACGCCAGCGUUUGAAUGGUUUAUUUUAGUAUUAAUAUUUGCGUCAAGCAUAACACUAUGUUUUGAGGAUAUAUAUUUAGAGUUUAAUCCACGACUACGUAGAGUGCUAUAUUGGACAAAUUUAGCAUUUUGUGUAAUAUUUACAAUUGAAAUGAUAUUAAAAUGGGUCGCAUUGGGCUUCUCAAAAUAUUUUUCAAGUUUUUGGACAGUACUAGACUUUGUUAUUGUAUUUGUAUCUGUGUUCAGUUUAUUGAUUGAAGAAAACGAAAACUUAAAAGUACUGAGAUCGUUGCGAACACUACGUGCAUUACGACCAUUACGUGCCAUUUCUCGAUGGCAAGGGAUGAGAAUCGUUGUAAAUGCCUUAAUGUAUGCAAUACCUAGUAUUUUUAAUGUGUUACUGGUGUGUUUGGUAUUUUGGUUGAUAUUCUCAAUAAUGGGUGUACAAUUUUUUGGUGGAAAAUUUUUUAAAUGUGUUGAUAAUGAUGGUGAAUUAUUACCAAUAACGGUUGUGGAUAAUAAAUGGGAAUGUGCUGAGAAAAAUUACACGUGGGUGAAUUCAAAGAUAACAUUUGAUCAUGUGGGAAUAGCUUAUUUAGCUUUAUUUCAAGUGGCUACAUUUGAAGGGUGGAUGGAAGUAAUGGCUGAUGCUGUUGAUGCUAGAGGUGUGGAUUUACAGCCACAACGUGAAGCCAAUCUUUAUGCAUAUAUUUAUUUUGUGAUUUUUAUUGUCUGUGGUUCAUUCUUUACGCUCAAUUUAUUUAUAGGAGUAAUUAUUGAUAAUUUUAAUAUGCUCAAAAAGAAAUACGAAGGUGGUGUUCUUGAGAUGUUCCUAACCGAAAGCCAAAAACAUUAUUAUACAGCAAUGAAAAAAUUAGGACGCAAGAAACCACAAAAAGUAAUAAAACGACCGAUAAAUCAAGUGAUUGCAAUGUUUUAUGACUUAUCGAAUUCUCGUCGAUUUGAGAUUGCCAUAUUUGUUUUAAUUUUUCUAAACAUGUUGACAAUGGGUAUUGAACAUUAUGGUCAACCACAUCCUGUUUUCUUUAUUUUAGAAGUCAGCAAUGCCUUUUUUACGACUGUUUUUGGAUUAGAGGCAAUUGUUAAAAUGAUUGGACUUCGAUACCAUUAUUUUACUGUUCCAUGGAAUAUGUUUGAUUUUUGGUUAGUGUUAGCUUCCAUAUUGGGUAUAUUAAUGGAAGAUAUUAUGAUUGAUUUUCCAGUCUCACCUACACUUCUACGGGUUGUACGCGUUUUCCGUAUUGGAAGAAUAUUACGUUUAAUUAAGGCUGCAAAAGGCAUUCGAAAGUUAUUAUUUGCUUUAGUCGUUUCAUUACCAGCACUGUUUAAUAUUGGUGCUUUGUUAGCUCUAAUCACUUUUAUAUAUGCUAUUAUUGGAAUGUCUGUUUUUGGGCAUGUUAAACAACAAGGAGCAUUAGAUGAUAUGGUUAAUUUUGAAACAUUCGGGCGUAGUAUGCAGUUACUUUUUCGAUUAAUGACAUCAGCAGGAUGGAAUGAUGUUCUCGAAUCUCUAAUGAUCCAACCACCACACUGUGAUCCACAUUUUAAUAAUCAAACAAAUGGCGAUUGUGGUUAUCCAUUACUUGCUAUUACAUAUUUUACCAGUUUCAUAAUAAUAAGUUAUAUGAUUGUAAUUAACAUGUACAUUGCUAUUAUCUUAGAAAAUUUCAAUCAAGCACAUCAAGAAGAAGAGAUUGGCAUUGUUGAAGAUGAUUUAGAAAUGUUUUACAUUCGUUGGUCCAAAUAUGACCCACAUGCAACACAAUUUAUUCGAUUUACACAACUAUCGGAUUUUAUUGCUUCGCUCGAUCCACCAUUAGGUAUUUCCAAACCUAAUAUUGUAGCCCUAGUCAGUUUCAAUUUACCGAUUGCAAGAGGUAAUAAAAUUCAUUGUUUGGAUAUAUUACAUUCACUAGUGAAACAUGUAUUAGGACAUGUUGAAGAAACAGAUACAUUUAGACAAUUACAAGAACAAAUGGAUAUAAAAUUCAAGAAACAAUUUCCCACACGAAAAGAACUUGAGAUUGUGUCCUCAACACGUAUUUGGAAACGAGAAGACAAAGCAGCUAGACUUAUACAAACUACCUUUAGAAAUUAUAUUAAACGAAAGCAUGAAAAAGAACAAGAACCUGAAGUGGAGGAUGAAACAACACAAACAUCAUCACCUGGUGGAGGCUGGCAAGGACGUUUAUCAGCUUUUCUACACGUGCAUCGUGGGAGUCGUGCCUCCUCUCGCAAGUCAUCGCGGGCCUCGGAUGCCAGCGAUCUUAGCGAGCUGGGCGGUGCGUGGCUAAAUUUACCGUUACUUCUCCUUUCGAGUGCUGCAGUCCCCGGUACUGCCGAAGACCUGCAGAUUGGGCGCGACCCAAACGAUGUCAGUAUUACCGUUAGCCAACCAUCACCAGAUACACAUACACCAACCUCACCUUUAGCGCCACCACCACAAGCACGCCGGCGUAGUUUCUACAAUUUUCCAUUCUUUUUACGGCAUCAAGAUGCCGUCGAAAAGACUGACGAUGAAUCAACAUCACCGUUGUCUGUAAAACGUGGUUCAAUGAAGUCGAGUGGUACAAUGUUAUCACUACAUCCAACUACAGGAACAACUACAACGGAAGAGGUUAAAAUGCGACGGGGUAGUUUAAUACGUAGGAAACCACCUUUAGAAAGGGCACCUUCGGGAGGUUUACGGUUGAGCGGAAGUGCGUUACCUAUUAUCAACACACUUCAGCAACCCCCGAAUGGUACCGAUGUAAGUAUUUUAGUUACAGAACCGUCACCAGAAGCACCAAUUCCUGUGAUCCCAACUUCAACAUCAUCAACAACACCAGUGAUAGCACCACCUACAUCAAUUUUUCAACGACCAAAUUUACAUCGACAACAAAGUGAAGCGACUGUUGUGCAUGUGUUAGUGCAUAGAGAGAGUGAGGAAUAUAAUGUGGAAGAAGAUAGCUGAU